AUGGUUAACUUCUCUACUGCAAGAUCUCAAGAUCAUAUCUUCAAAGCACCUCCGGUAAGUUCAAGUCUACUAUGCUAUAGUAAUUGUGCAACUUGCCCUUUUAUCUGCUCACCGCCUCCACCAGCUCCACCAGCAAUGCCUUCUAAAUCACCGCGACAUUUGCCUUUGCCUCCAAUCAGUCUCUCACCACCAGAACCUUACAAUUUUGACCAACCACCACCUUUGCCUCACAUCAACCUCUCCCCACCAGAAUCAAACUACUUUGAUCAGCCACCACCUUUGCCUCGUAUCACUUUCUCGCCACCAGAACCUUACUAUUAUGAUCAACCACCACCUCUGCCUCCAAUCAAUUUCUCGCCACCAGAACCUUACAUUUUUGAUCAACCAGCACCUCUUUUACCAGCAUUUCCGCCACCACCACCACCAUAUGCUGCUGCAUGGAGCAAUAAUCCUUAUGCAGUUUCGCCUCCGGUCCCACCAAACUAUGUUGCAGGUCAAGGGCCGCCAGGGACAGGGCAGCAAAGGAGUUUCACCUUUCCUUACUAUUACUACAACAUCUCACAGGGCUGUUGCAUUUCUUUUCACUUUGCAUUUCUCUUUCAUUUUAUUGUUUGUCUAGCAAUGUUCCUAGCUGUUUAG